AAUAGUUAGCGGUAGCAUUGUAGAGGUCGAUGCUGCUACUUACAAAGUUUUUAAUAAGUGUUUUUUCGUGGGAUAACGUACAUUUCCUCCAAUUAUUUUUUAUCCGGAGUGGAGCUAGGCUGCCGCUGGGUAGUUUUUAGCUCCUGUUACACGUUUCUGGGAACGGAAGACAUGGCUUUAGUCGGCUGACUCAGCUAGCAUGCUAACAGCAACAGUGGGGCUGCCCGGAGGACCGGCUGCUUCAUGUGAGAGCGGCCAGGCAUGCUACUAGUGCACCUUCUCGGGAGAUCCUUGCUUCGACCGGGACUACAGCGGCUCUGGGUCCAGCGGAGGUGUCUCUGUACGGCGCAGAGUGGCCGGUGUCCAGACACGCCACCGCAGCAGGCAGACAUGAUCCGGAGCCGGGCUCAGAUCAAGCGGGUUCUCUGCGUAGCUGAGAAAAACGAUGCAGCCAAAGGGAUCUCAGAGAUCAUGUCCGGCGGCAGGGCCAGGAGGAGGGAAGGGAUGUCAAAGUUUAAUAAAAUCUAUGAGUGUGAAUAUCAUCUCUUUGGUCAGAAUGUGACGGUAACAAUGACUUCAGUAUCAGGCCAUUUACUGGGUCUGGAGUUUAAAGCACCGUUCCAGAAAUGGAACAGUUGUAAUCCCGUGCUGUUAUUUGAUGCUGAGGUAGAGAAGUAUUGUCCAGAUAACAUGGUACAAAUCAAGCGGACACUAGAGAAAGAGGUGAGGCAGUGCCAGGCCUUAGUCAUCUGGACUGAUUGUGACAGAGAGGGAGAAAACAUUGGCUUUGAAGUUAUUGAUGUCUGCAAAGCAGUUAAGCCCAACAUACAGGUCUUUCGGGCAAAGUUUUCUGAGAUAACCCCCAACUCCAUCCGGAGAGCUUGUGAGACUCUAAUGGAGCCGGAUGCCAACGUCAGUGAUGCUGUGGAUGUCCGUCAGGAGCUGGACCUGCGGAUAGGUGCAUCCUUCACUCGGUUCCAGACGCUUCGCCUGCAGAAGAUCUUUCCAGAGUCUCUGGCCAAUCAGCUGAUUUCAUACGGCAGCUGUCAGUUUCCCACUCUGGGCUUCGUUGUGGAGCGCUUCAAAGCCAUCCAGGCUUUCAUACCUGAGACUUUCUACAAGAUCAAAGUGCUCCACGAGGUCGAGGAGGACACUGUAGAGUUCGGCUGGAAAAGAAACCGUCUCUUCAACCACACAGCUUGCCUGGUGCUCUACCAGAUCUGCAUGGAGGAUCCCAUAGCAACAGUCACCUCAGUAACCAGCAAACCCAAGAGCAAGUGGAGACCGCUGCCUUUGGACACUGUGGAAAUGGAGAAACUGGCAUCUCGGAAGCUGAGAAUAAGCGCCAAAGAGACCAUGAAAAUUGCAGAAAAACUCUACACCCAAGGGUUUAUAAGCUACCCCCGCACAGAAACCAACAUUUUUCCCACAAACCUGCCUCUCGGCCCCCUGGUGGAGCAGCAGACUCAAAGUCCGGUCUGGGGGACGUUCGCCCAGCGGGUGCUCGAGCAGCCCGGGGGUCCCAACCCACGGCAGGGCAAGAAAUCUGACCAAGCCCAUCCCCCCAUACACCCCACCAAGUACACCAAUACGCUGCAGGGCAACGAAGGACGUGUGUAUGAGUUCAUUGUCCGGCACUUCCUGGCUUGUGUAUCCCAGGAUGCUUUAGGGCACGAGACAGUGGUGGAUAUAGACAUAGCCCAGGAGAUGUUCUCCACCUCGGGACUCAUGAUCAUUGCAAGGAACUACCUGGAUGUUUACCCGUACGACAGGUGGAGCGCCAAGGUGAUUCCAGUGUACGAGCAGGGCUCCCAGUUCCAGCCCUCUGCUAUUGAGAUGGUGGACGGACAGACGAGUCCUCCGCAGCUGCUCACCGAAGCCGACCUCAUUUCGCUGAUGGAGAAGCACGGCAUUGGCACAGAUGCAACCCAUGCAGAGCACAUCGAGACUAUUAAGAGUCGCAUGUAUGUGGGCCUGACAGCUGAUCAGAGGUUUCUCCCUGGAGAGCUCGGCAUGGGGCUGGUGGAGGGUUACAACUCCAUGGGCUAUGAGAUGUCCAAACCAGACCUGCGUGCUGAGUUGGAGGCAGAUCUCAAGCUGGUGUCGGAGGGCAGGAAGGACAAACGGAGCGUGCUGCGGCACCACAUCCAGAAAUACAAGACCGUCUUCAUCGAGUCUGUCAGGAAGGCAAAGAAGUUAGACGAAGCCCUGUCGCCGUAUCUGGGUGCGGCUCAGGAGAUCCCUGAAGCGGAGCAGCGGGACAUGGAGAUCCCGCUGCCCGUCAGGAAGUGCCCUAACUGCGGUCGGGACAUGGUGCUGAAGAAGAAGAGGGAGGGAAACAGUAAGUUCCUGUCCUGUGUGGGUUUCCCAGCCUGUAAGACAGCAGUGUGGUUCCCUGACACAGUGCUGGAGGUCAGCAGAGAUGACAGCAUUUGUCCCACCUGUCAGCCGCGCCCCGUUCACAUGUUGAAGUUCAAGUUCCGCAGGGGCAGCGUCCCUCCCAUGAUGCCUUUGGAAUUUGUUGGCUGCAUUGGUGGAUGUGACGAGACGCUCAGAGAGGUGCUGGACCUGAAAUACCUCAGAGCAGGUGGAGGAGGUGGCGGAGGAGGAGGGGGAGGAGGAGGUGGCGGAGGAGGAGGGGGAGGAGGAAGAGGAGAUGAUCCUUGGCCACCAGGUCCAAGGCCCCCCAGAGCAGAGCCACCCAGAGCCCCACACUCCAAUCCUCGACCUCCCCUUCCUCCUGUCCCCUCCUGGACCCCUCAGCCUGGACCCCCGCUGGGCGCCGGCGGGAGCGGUGCAGACCCAAACGGCGACGCCAUCGUGUGCAACUGUGGUCAGGACGCACUUCUCCUCACUGUACGCAAAGACGGUCCCAACCAAGGGCGUCAGUUUUACAAGUGCAACGCCGGGAGCUGCAACUUCUUUCUGUGGGCCGACCAGCCGAACCAACAGGGGGCGCCACAGAGUCUGGGGCCUCCGCGUCCGCUGCCUGCACCGAGGACCUCCCAGCCUCCGAGGCCCUCGCUGGGGUUCAGGAACACAUUCGACGGAGGCAGGGGGCAGGACGGAGGAGCUGGAGCACACGAGAUAAUGUGUAACUGUAACGAGGCGGCAGUGACGCGCACAGUGCAGAAGGACGGGCCAAACAAGGGCCGGAUGUUUCACACCUGCGGGAAGCCGAGAGAGCAGCAGUGCAGCUUCUUCCAAUGGGCUGAUGAGAACGUACCUCCUCCAGGUGGUUUUGGUGGUGGAUUCAGUGGAAGUGGAGACGGAGGGAAGAGGGCGAGGAAUACAAUAGGAGAUGCCAUCACCAACAAACCUCCUGCUGCUAAGAAACCCCGCACCUGCGGCAUCUGCCACAUGCCGGGGCACACGCGAGUCACCUGUCCCCAGCGGUGACCGCUGUCGCUGGGUAAAGGCAAUGACGGUGAAGCUGCUCUGAAGGCGUGUUGAAGUCCCAACAAUGUGGAGUCAGAUUUUAUUUUUCGAAUAUUUUGCAACUCACAUUGUAAGUGCCUCUUCACACGGGGAGGACCUCAUCUUCUACACCUUGUAUUUAAUAACAGAGGCGGAGGACAAGAAAAGUUUUGAGAACAAGAACAAAGUCAUGUAAUAACUACAGCUCCAGACAAAAUCAAAAAUUGUAUUUCUCAGUCUGGGUUGUGCCUCACAUUGGUCAAUCUUUUAAAGAGUCAAAGACAUUUUGUGUCCCAGGUCAGUAGAAACUAGUGCUUCUCUUUCUGUUGUCAUUCAGCUGUGAUUUCUCAGGUCUCCUCAGAUCUGCACCGCGCUAGUUCAAGAUGGAUGGCUCGUUUCCGGCCCCUGGUAGAAAAGUUGUGGGUAAUUUUCCAGGAUCGAACCGACCAUUUUGUGCCUGUUAUUUGCUGCCAGAUGGCAGCCAGUUUCCUUUAAAGACUCCUCGUAAACUUCCUUGCCGAGAAUCAGUCUCAUGCCUAUACAGUAAAUAUGAAGCUACAGUCAGCAGUCAUUUAGUUUAGGUUUCUAUAAAGACUGGAGAAGGCAGGAAACAGCUAGCCUGGCUAUGUGCGGAGGUAACAAAAUACAUCUAAACCUCACUGACAUGUUAUAGCUCUCAUUUUUAAUCUGUAAUCUGACAAAAUAUCAAACUUUUCCUUUAAAUCUCAGUGCAACGUUCACAAACAGACGCAUUGUAAACGCUUUGAACUCUGGUUGUUUAAAACUCUUCUCUUUUGCCGCCUGAGGAAAAAGCUCCGAACAAGUUUAAAACUUGUGGGUCUUUAUAACUGCAGUAAAGUGAAAGUGCUCAAUGGUUAAUGGGAAAUUUGUUCUGCUGGCCUUGGAUCAAAUUUAUUCUCCCGUCUGUUGUUGCUCUAUAUUCACAGUCCUGACUGCUUGACUGAGAUCAGCUGGAGAAAAGGUGACAGUGCUGUCUUUGACGAAUACAUGUGUAUUUUAAAGAACAUAUUUGCACACAGUUUAUUAAUAAUUAAUAGUACGUAUUAAUAUGUUGACUUUAGUUUUCCAUAAUUUUCAUCAUCAGUAUCUUUAACUAAGUCUUUCUAAAUGUGUUGGAAGAAACGUUAAAAUACGUUUUUACACUGACGAUGUAAAGAAAAAGGAAACUGGUUGUUGGUCUGAGGAACUGUCAGCAUCAACAUUAUUUUCAGAAUAUUUAUGUAUGAUAAUAAACUUUAAUGUGAAGUUA